AUGGCGCCGGCACUUGUGCUGCUGGUGGCAGUGAUCGCGGCGGCCGCGAUGGCAAGGGAGGCGUCGGCGGCGAGGGGACUCGCCGCGGCGUCCAACGCGAGCGCGGGGGCGGGGACCGCGGCGGCGGGCGGCAAGCUGACCGUGCACCUGGUGCCGCACUCGCACGACGACGUCGGGUGGCUCAAGACCGUCGACCAGUACUACCUCGGAUCCAACAACAGCAUCCAGAGAGCGUGCGUGAUGAACACGCUCGACUCCGUGGUGGACGCGCUCGCCAAGGACCCCGCCCGAAAGUUCAUCAUCGUCGAGCAGGCUUUCUUCCAAAGAUGGUGGGAGGAGAAAAGCUCAAACAUCCAGACAAUAGUCCGCAAGCUGGUCGAUUUGGGCCAGCUAGAGUUCAUAAAUGGUGGAUGGUGCAUGCAUGAUGAAGCUGCUGUCCAUUAUAUUGACAUGAUAGAUCAGACCACGCUUGGUCACCGCAUGAUCAAGAAGCAAUUCAACAAGACUCCAAGGGCUGGCUGGCAAAUUGAUCCUUUUGGACAUUCUGCAGUUCAAGCUUACUUGCUUGGAGCAGAGCUUGGCUUUGAUUCUGUGCAUUUUGGAAGAAUUGAUUACCAAGAUAGGGAAAAGCGUAAAGCAGAUAAGGGCUUAGAAGUUUUAUGGCGUGGCUCAAGAACUUUCGGUUCUACUUCACAGAUAUUUGCAAAUGUAUUUCCUGUCAAUUAUAGCCCUCCAAAUGGCUUUGGCUUUGAAGUUUCAGAUGAAAAUAUCAUGCCUGUCCAGGAUGACUUGAUGCUGUUUGAUUACAAUGUUGAAGAACGAGUUAAUGAUUUUGUUGCAGCAGCCAUAGCACAGGCAAAUGUCACGCGUACAAACCACAUAAUGUGGACCAUGGGGGAUGAUUUUAGUUAUCAGUAUGCAGAAUCUUGGUUCCGGAAUAUGGACAAGCUUAUUUAUCAUGUGAACAAGGAUGGCCGAGUGCAUGCAUUGUAUUCUACUCCAUCCAUCUACACAGAUGCAAAACACACAUCCAAUGAAUCUUGGCCAGUAAAAUAUGAUGAUUAUUUCCCCUAUGCUGAUGCAAAAAAUACAUAUUGGACUGGGUAUUAUGCAAGCCGUCCAACUUUCAAACGAUAUGUUCGAGUACUCAGUGGAUAUUACCUGGCUGCACGUCAAAUAGAAUUCUUAGUGGGUAGGACUUCCUUAGGAUUGUUCACUACCAGCUUGGAAGACGCAAUGGGAAUUUCCCAGCAUCAUGAUGCUGUCUCAGGUACAGCAAAACAACAUACGACAGAUGACUACUCAAAGCGCCUUUCUCUCGGAGCAUAUAAGGUCGAGAAAGGUGUCAGCAUUGCUCUGACCUGUCUAACAAGUUCCAAUGGAACAUGUCCGUCCUCAGUAGCAAAAUUUAGUCAGUGCCCUCUUCUCAAUAUAAGCUACUGCCCUUCAACUGAGGAAACAAUUUCAGCAGUAAAGAGUUUAGUUGUAGUUGCCUACAACCCUCUUGGCUGGGAACGUAAUGACUUCAUAAGGAUUCCAGUAAAUGAUGAAAACCUUGUUGUAAAAAGCUCUGAUGGAACUAUUGUUGAGUCACAACUAGUUGAGGUUGAUAACACGACAAGAAAUUUAAGGAAAUUUUAUUUGGAGGCUUAUCUUGGAACCACGACAGACAAACCACCAAAGUAUUGGCUAGUAUUUCAAGCUUUUGUGCCACCAAUGGGGUGGAAUUCUUAUUACGUUUCAAGAUCCACAGGUACAUGAUAUAACAGAACUGGGUAUGUCUCGACCAUGGUUUCUCCAAGAAACGACAUGGUUGAAGUUGGACCAGGGCCUCUAAAGGUGUCCUUUUCAUCAGAAUCAGGACAACUCAAGACGAUAUUCAAUUCUGUAUCUGGAGUGGAUUUACCCAUUCAACAAAGCUUUCUUUGGUAUAGAUCCAACGAAGGUGAUACCGUCGAUUCACAGGCAUCUGGAGCAUAUAUAUUUAGACCCAAUGGUACUACACCAACUGUUGUUUCUUCAUCGGUGCUGCUGAAAAUUAUCAAUGGGCCUCUGGUUGAUGAAGUGCAUCAACAAUUCAGCUCAUGGAUUUAUCAGGUUACACGACUGUACAAGAAUAAGGAGCAUGCUGAAGUUGAAUAUACGAUUGGGCCAAUCCCUAUCGAUGAUGAUGCAGGUAAGGAGGUCAUUACUCGACUGACGUCAAGCAUGAUCACGAACAGUACAUUUUAUACUGAUUCUAAUGGAAGAGAUUUUCUCAAAAGGGUGAGAAACUACAGGGAAGAUUGGGACCUUGAAAUGACAGAACCGGUUGCAGGAAAUUACUAUCCGGUCAAUCUUGGAGUGUAUGUAGCAGAUGGGAAAUAUGAGCUGUCUGUACUUGUGGACCGUGCUGUUGGAGCAUCAAGUAUUCACGAUGGCCAACUAGAGAUUAUGCUACACAGGCAUACCCUAAGAGAUGAUGCCAAAGGUGUUGAUGAGCCACUCGGUGAAGUUGUUUGUCUGGAUGGAAGCUGCAAGGGGCUCACGGCCAGGGGAACCUACUAUGUCAAAGUUGACAAGCUAGGGCAUGGAGCUCACUGGCGAAGAACAUAUGGCCAGCAAGUCUAUUCUCCCUAUCUUCUUGCUUUUACUCAUGAGGAUGAGAUAAGUUGGAAAUCCUAUAAUGUUGCCAAAGAAAGCAUGAUGGAUGCGAAUUACAGUCUUCCUGAUAAUGUUGCAAUUGUUACCUUGCAGAAUCUAGAUGAUGGUACCACAUUACUUCGCUUGGCCCAUCUUUUUCAGGCAGCAGAGGACCCUCAAUACUCAGUGAUAGCAAAAGUUGAACUAAGAAAGGUGUUCGGAAAGAGAACUAUCAAGGAGUUGACUGAGACUAAUCUUUCUGCAAAUCAAAAGAAGUCAGACAUGAAGAAGCUCGACUGGAGGGUACUUGGGGACACUGAAAGUGGUCACACCCCAUUGAAGGGUGGCCUAGUUGACAAUAAAGCUCUUGUUGUUGAACUGGGACCCAUGGAAAUACGCACUUUCUUGCUCAAGUUCUGAAUUACAAACUUGCAGUGGCGCAGUUUAU